AUGUCCGGACGCCAAGGCUCGCAAUCAGUUGCGGCAUGCAUACUUGUACCGGCUAUCUCAUGUCGCGAGGGCCACGGGCAUUUGGUGGCGGUGGGUCGUCCCCUUAGCCCCGGUGUGUUUGGUGGAGGCGAGCUGUCGAUUCUGGUGCAGUCGUCAGGACUCAACAAAUCUCGACGACGGAUUUGCGGGGAAUCAGUCGCAGUUGCGCGCACCUCCAACGACACCCACGGCCACACCGCGACGCCUCGAAUCGACCGCCGACCCCCUCCAGCGUCUAUCGCGCCCUUCAGCCCACUUGCAGCGCCCACGGACGUCCAAAGCCGCAGGCCGCAAGCCGCAAGCCGCGUGCUAGCACAUCUCGAGCAACUGCUCCUCCAGCGUCUCCACCGCAUCUGCGUGCACACAGCCCUCCCCCAGCAGCGUCCCACAGCGUCGCCUACUGCUGCUUCCUUUGCUCCUGUGCUCCUUUGCGCCUUCCCUUCCUUGCUGCCCACUGCCCACGCCGCCCCACCCCACCAUCGACUGCCCCGGCGCGCGCUGUAG